AUGGCUGAUAUACGGGCAGCGUUUGCCAAACAGCAAAAUGGAGCACCGGCUACAUCGAGUCCCAAAAUCGGUGGUAAAUCUAUUGAAAAGAUUUACCAGAAAAAAUCCCAACUAGAACAUAUCCUGCUCCGGCCGGACACGUACAUCGGUUCGGUCGAGAUGGUGAAGGAGCCGAUGUGGGUGUUCGACAUGGAGGCCAAGAAAAUGAUCCAACGCGAGAUUACGUACGUGCCGGGAUUGUACAAGAUCUUUGACGAAAUCCUGGUGAACGCUGCUGACAACAAACAGCGCGAUCCGAAGAUGAGCACCAUCAAGGUGGAGAUCAAUCAGGAAACGAACACGAUCUCGAUCUGGAACGAUGGCCACGGUAUCCCGGUGGUGAUGCAUAAGGAAGAGAAGAUGUUCGUACCGACGAUGAUCUUCGGUCAUCUGCUAACGUCCUCGAAUUACAACGAUGAGGAAGAGAAGGUUACCGGCGGACGUAAUGGAUACGGUGCGAAGCUGUGCAACAUUUUCAGCACCAAGUUUACGGUCGAGACGGCUUCGAAGCAGUACAAGAAGUGCUUCAAACAGAGCUGGGGCGAUAACAUGUCGAAAGCGACCGAACCGAAAAUUAAGGAAGACUUCUACGGUGAUGACUACACGAAGAUUACCUUCUCGCCCGAUCUGACCAAAUUCAAGAUGGAAAAGCUUGACGAUGAUAUCGUCGGUUUGUUGUCGCGCCGUGCCUACGAUGUGGCUGCGUCGACACGAGGCGUGACUGUUUUUCUGAACGGUCAGCGUGUUCCCGUUAAAUCGUUUAAGGACUACGUCGAUCUGUUCCUGAAGGAAGCGACAGACGAAGUGGGUGCGCAGUUGAAGGCUUGCUACGAAACCGUUAACGAACGCUGGGAGGUAGCGGUAGCGAUUUCGGAACGAGGCUUCCAACAGGUAUCGUUCGUUAAUUCGAUUGCCACGACAAAGGGCGGCCGACACGUGGACUAUGUAGCGGACAUGAUCGUGAAGCAGCUGACGGAGGUGCUGAAGAAAAAGAACAAGGGCGGCGUAACGAUCAAACCAUUCCAGGUGAAGAAUCACAUGUGGGUGUUUAUCAAUUGCUUGAUCGUAAAUCCCACGUUCGACUCGCAGACCAAAGAAAACAUGACACUGCAGUCGAAGAGCUUCGGAUCGAAGUGUGCUCUGUCGGAGAAGUUUAUAAACGCGGUAUCGAAGAGUGGAAUCGUAGAGUCAGUGCUUCAAUGGGCCAAGUUUAAGGCACAGACCGAUCUGGCUAAAACAUCCGGUUCGAAAAAGUCGAAGAUCAAGGGUAUUCCGAAGCUGGAAGACGCUAACGAUGCUGGCUCGCGCAAUUCGCUCAACUGUACGCUCAUUCUCACCGAGGGAGAUUCCGCCAAAACUUUGGCCGUGUCCGGUUUGGGGGUCGUAGGUCGCGAUACUUACGGCGUGUUUCCGCUGCGUGGUAAGCUGCUGAAUGUGCGAGAAGCCACGCACAAACAGAUUUUAGAGAAUGCCGAAAUUAAUAAUCUCAUCAAGAUUCUGGGUCUGCAGUAUAAGAAGAAAUAUCUUACGAUGGACGAUCUGAAGACGCUACGGUACGGCAAGGUGAUGAUUAUGACAGAUCAGGACCAGGACGGAUCUCACAUUAAAGGUUUGUUGAUCAAUUUCAUACAUACCAACUGGCCGGAGCUGCUACGUUUACCGUUCCUCGAGGAGUUUAUUACGCCGAUCGUGAAGGCAACGAAGAAGAAUGGCGAAGAGUUGUCCUUCUUCUCGCUGCCCGAGUUCGAAGAGUGGAAAGCGGAGACGGCCAACUCGCACACGUACAACAUCAAGUACUACAAGGGUUUGGGUACGUCUACCUCGAAGGAGGCGAAGGAAUAUUUCCAAAAUAUGGAGCGGCAUCGAGUUCUGUUCCGCUACGAAGAUACUGGAGACGAUGAUGCGAUCCUGUUGGCAUUCUCCAGGAAGGCGAUCGAGCAACGUAAAGAUUGGCUGACGGCCCACAUGGAGGAGUGCCGCCAUCGAAAGCAGGUCGGUUUGCAGGAGCGUUAUUUGUACACCAAAACGACGAAACAUGUCAGCUACAAGGACUUUGUCAAUCUCGAGCUGGUGUUGUUCUCCAACUCGGACAACGUUCGUUCGAUUCCGUGCAUGCUGGACGGUUUAAAGCCGGGUCAACGUAAGGUAUUGUUCACCUGCUUCAAGCGUGACGACAAACGUGAAGUAAAGGUGGCUCAGUUGGCUGGUUCGGUUGCGGAGAAGUCCGCCUACCAUCAUGGUGAGCAGUCGCUUUGUUCGACGAUCGUCAAUUUGGCGCAGAACUACGUAGGAAGUAAUAACAUCAAUCUGCUCUACCCUGGCGGUCAGUUUGGUACGCGUUUGACGGGUGGAAAGGAUAGCGCUAGCCCCCGUUACAUUUUCACUAUGCUUUCCGCACUGACGCGUUCCAUUUUCCAUCCCCUCGAUGAUCCGUUGCUGGAGUACCAGAUGGACGAUAAUCAGCGCAUCGAACCGGUAUGGUAUCUGCCGAUUAUUCCGAUGCUGCUGAUCAACGGUGCGGACGGUAUCGGUACCGGAUGGGCAACGAAAAUUCCCAACCAUAAUCCGCGUGACGUCAUUGCUAACAUUCGUCGAAUGUUGAACGGACAGGAGCCGAAAGUGUUGACACCUUGGUAUAAAAAUUUCCGAGGUGUUAUCGAAUCGGUCGGUGUUCAGAAGUACAUCACGGCCGGCAAUGUUGGGCUGCUGGAUAAUCAGAGGAUUGAAAUUUCCGAACUGCCCAUUGGUACAUGGACGCAGACGUACAAGGAGAACGUGCUGGAACCGCUGCUGCACGGUACCGACAAGCAGAAGGCAAUCAUUUCGGAUUACAAGGAGUACAACACGGACACUACGGUGCGGUUUAUCAUCUCUUUCCAGUCCGGAGAGUACGCAAAGCUGUACGCGGAGGAAGGUGGUUUCCAUCGGGUGUUCAAACUGACCAGUUCCAUCUCGACGGCAUCGAUGAACGCGUUCGACGAUAAAAACUAUCUCAAACGGUACGCUCACGCGAAUGACAUCUUCAUGGAGUUCUAUUCAAUCCGGCUGGAAUACUAUGGAAAGCGCAGAUCGUAUCUGCUCGGUAUGCUGCAGGCCGAGGCGGACAGUCUCUCGGAUAAGGCACGGUUCAUCAUGGAGAAGUGUAGCGGUACGAUGGUGGUAGAGAACAAAAAACGCAAAGCGUUGAUCGAUGAACUGAUCAAGCGUGGCUACCGGCCGGAUCCGAUCCAGGAGUGGAAGCGUCGCGUACAGACGAGCGAUGAAGAUCAGGAAGAGGAAGCCGAAGGGGACGAGGAGGAAGAGCAUGAAGACGUGAAGCCGGGCAAAUCGUCUGCCAAGGGUGCGAAGGCCCCGGCCGAUCCGGAGAAAGCGUUCCAGAAGCUUACCGAUGUGAAGAAAUUCAAUUAUCUGCUCGGCAUGUCCAUGUGGAUGCUGACGGACGAACGGAAAAAUGAAAUUCUCAAGCAGCGCGAUCAGAAGCUGGCCGAACUGAAAGCGCUCGAGGCGAAAACACCCGAGGUACUGUGGAUUGACGAUCUGGAUGUGCUUUCCCGCAAGAUGGACGAGGUCGAGGAGAAGGAACGUCUCGAUGCAAUCAGCACGGAAAAGAAGUUGAAGAAUACGGCAGGCAAGGGUGGCCCGUCUGCGGGACGUACAAAGACCGGUAGCCGGAAAAGUGCCAUCGACGACACGAAACCGAGCAUUGAGGCGGAAGAGGUGAAGUUCCGCAUAUCAGAGGAUAUGAUCAAAAAGUUCGAGAAGGCGGCCGCCGGCAAGGUGAAGAAGGAGAAAAAGGAACCGGGCGAAAACGGAGAUGAAGGCGAGGGUGAGAUCGAUGAGUUUGAUGCACUGGUGGAAGGUGGUGGUGGCGGUGGUGGUGAGAAGCCAAUGCCGAAACCGCGCGUCAAGAAGGAACCGAAAGAACCGAAGGAACCCAAAGCACCUAAAGCGCCCCGGGUAAAGAAGGAGAAGAGUUCCCCGGGACCAAAGGGUCCGGCAAAGCGUGGACGGAAAAAGGUUACAUCGUCGGAUGAAGAUGGUGCGUUCAAAUCGGACAUGAGUGACGAUGACUUCGCUUCAUCGGUAAAAGUUCCGACGCGCGAGAAAUCCGGACGUCGUGCAGCAGCAGCUAAGGUCAACUACUCUAUAAUGAACGACGGUGAGGAAGUGGAUGAUGACGAUUUCAAUUGUUCGGAUGACGAGAUGUUCGACAAUAUUCAGGAAGGACGGUCGAAAACCGCUGCCGGCGUCGACAGUGAUGUGGAGGUGCAGGAUCCAGUUGGUUCCCGAGUGAUCAAUCUCGAUGAUAGCGAGUCGUCGCCGAUAAAGAAACCAGGACCAGUGAAAAAGCGUGUCCUCGGGCCGAAAGUGGCCGACACAGCAAAGCCCGCAGCGGGUGCUAAGCGUGCCCGAAAGGUCGGUGGUGACAGCAGCAGCGAGACGGACAAAAUUACAAAGAAACCGAAAAAGAGGGUCGUGGACAGCUCGGAGGACGAAGAUUUGCCUCCGAUGGAUGACGACGAUGACUCGGACUUCUAG